GUUCCCGUUCCCAUGAUCGCCUUUUACCGAAUCACACCAUUCGGAUACGGACCCGGAAGGAACGAGGGUGCGGGGAAGGACUUGGCCAAACGGCUCGGCAUGGUGGGCUGCGCUGGGUCAGAGAAGAAAGGAUUAUUCCCUCAAGAAGCCACAAUGAUUGGCAAAACAAGCCACGCCCAAUAGAAAGUUCAGCCACAUCCCGCAUUUGGACACAGGGGCAGCCAGGCACAGAUCUCGCUUCAGUUCGUGGAUCGCAUUGUGGGGUGGGUUGGUCUCAACGGCGAAAAGAGGUUGUGGCGCAAGGAUUGUCUCAACUCUUGAGUCCUGUCCCAAGGAAUGGACCCGUUGGGCCUGGCCACAUAACACGUCCAUUAAGUGGCGAGAUGGUCACGAGCUGCGUCAAAAUAUGCAGUUACAUUCUUGCAUUUGAGCCUCACGAUGUUGUCGAUGGCCACCCCGCGAAUCGCACAAUGCAGUUCCGUGUUCCACAAAAGUUGUGUUCCGCACUUCCCCUCAGUGA